AGCCCAUCCUGGAGGCAGAGCCAGUAAUUAUCUGAAGGAGGGAACCUCUUCCAGCCUUCCUCCUCAUCUUUUCCUCACGUUGUUUGUUACAGUAAGUUGGAACGGCAGACCUUCCUGAAAACAGACCUACUUUUACUCCAAGAGUCCAGUGCUGGUCAGACCCUUUUUUGCGAAAAUCCAGUCUAGCUUGCUGCAGGCUGACUGACAUUAGUGGCAGGACAAAGCAGGAUGUCCAACAAUAUGGCCAAGAUUGCAGAUGCUAGGAAGACAGUGGAGCAACUGAAACUUGAGGUCAACAUAGAGAGGAUGAUGGUGUCUAAAGCCGCAGCUGAGCUGAUGGCCUACUGUGAAUCUCACGCCAAAGAGGACCCACUGGUGACACCAGUACCUUCCUCAGAAAACCCUUUUCGAGAAAAGAAGCUUUUCUGUGUCAUUCUGUGACCCCUCAGACCCCCAAAGUGGACAUGUAGCACAAAAAUAACUUCUUUUUUUUUUAGGUUUCAGUGCAAAUCAAGGCGGUACUUUUGAGUCGAUCCAUACAAGAGAAAAGGUAGAGACGGCAAUAAAGCUUUAUUAAACAAGGGUGCAAAGUUUAUUUAAACAGCACUGCUGCCUGUACUUGUGCACACAGUUUACUUAUUAACCAAAUAGCAUAUAAAAGCCUUUUAUGCUUAAAGGCUUGUGGACAAUUACAAAAGCAUUUUACAUUUUGCAGUUCUUAUUUUUAAAGAAAAAAUGUAAUAAACUGUGUUUUCCAGCCAGGUGUCUGUGCUUUAAGGUCUUUUUUUUUUAUAUAUAUUGAUAAGCGGAAUAUUUGUGAUCUGCAACCUGUGUUUUAUUAAUUCAAAUUAAAAAAACUGAUAUAAGAAAAAGGU